AUGCUGAAUGCCGUAUGGGCCUCAUUGGCUAUUUUCUUCACAACGUACCUGACCUAUCGCGAUACGGAAAUAGGGAUCUGGGAGUUCGGUACAAUCAUGAACACAGCCAUGGUGGUUGUUGUCAACGUACAGUUGGCGAUGGUGUCCAAGAACAUCACGUGGCUCAAUGGGCUGGUGCUGGUGGGGUCUGUGCUGGCCAUGUUUGUCUUCAUGUUUGUGUUUGCCGUUGUACCCACUGAGCUUUACUACGUCGCCUUUGUCACGGUGAGUGACUGUCGCUACUGGUUCAUAGUUUUGCUGGCCAGUUGGCUGGCGCUGUUCCCUCAAUUGGUGGGUCAGUAUCUGUGGCAGAACGAGCUAUCCGGGCCACUGGACAGACUCCGUGCUAAGGAACGCACUGAGCACGAGACUCGCCAUGAUAAGGAGCGCUUCCAGAACGCCGUUGCUAGGGAGCCUCUGCCCAUGGCAACCAUCGACCAAUCAGAGAAGAAGAAGGAGGUAUAUGGAGCUGAGUACCCCGCCUAUAGCCGCACCCCCAGCGCAUUGAUGAGUGUCCCCAUAACACUGAGCAGCACAUCUCUGGCCUCUAACGGUGGGGUCUAGGGGACUCCGAGGAAACAGCAACAACACAUACCACACACUACAUCGCGAGCGUUUCUGACACAGACUGCUCAGUGACUGCUAUAUAGCCUU